GCGGCGGCGGAGGAGGAAGAAGCGACGAGCCGGAUAUGAGAGAAGUAUAAGGUAAAGAGUGACGCUGAAGAAUGAUGAGAUUUGGCUGUCUUUCCUUCCGGCAACCCUAUGGUGGAUUGGUUUUGAACAAAGUCAAAACAAUAGAGACUCGUUGGCGUCCUUUGCUGGUAGACUACAAGAACUGCACUAUUGCUAUUCACAUAGCUUUUAAGGACUGGGAAGAUGAAACAUGGAAAGAGAUCCUUCUGAAUAGACUUGGCAUGACACCUACGCAAGUUCAGGAGUUAUUAGAUAAAGGGGAAAAAUUUGGCAGAGGAGUUAUUGCUGGGCUUGUUGACAUUGGAGAGACCUCACAAUGUCCAGAAAAUUUAUCUCCUGAAAAGAUUUUGGAGCUGGAAAAUCAAGCUGUAUUCACUAGCCUGGAGCAGAAAUACUUGACUGUUGUUUCAAAUCCAAGAUGGCUACUGGAACCGAUUCCUGCUAAAGGGGGCAAAGAUGUAUGGCAAGUGGAUAUCCCAAAGGAACUGAUCCCUUUGGAACAUUAAGGUAUAUUUGUGUCUGCCUGAAUGCAACGCUGUCGUAUCAGAUGUCAUUAGUUUAGUUUCAUAUAUGUAGGUGAUUUUUAUUCUUUUUCCAAGCUUUCAUCUGAAAUGUAUUCAUGGUGAAUGUUUUUUUAUAGAAAUAGAUAUGAAGCAAAAACUGAUUUGAGUUUUUUCUUUGUUUUUUGUGACCCCAGAAUAAGAAGUUGAAAUAAUGAGAAAAAUGUCUGGAAUUAUUUUUUUACCAACUAGUGAAGAGAUGUCAUUGUGUCAGUGACCAUUAUUGAUGUCUAUAUUAUUUUAUAAGAGUCUUGUAUGUGUACAUGUGGACAAUUGUAAAUAAAUGGGGUUUUUUUUAAUGUUUUUAAUAUAUUGAGAUAUUGAUGUACCUAUUUUAAAUGCUGAAACCUAAAAGGAGGUGUGGCUGCAUCAGGCUGUGGGAUGAUAAUGGAAUGAAAAAGUGUUUGGUUAUAUUUGUUGUAAAUAAAAACUCAGGCCGUGGUCCUAGAAGGAUUUAUGCAUGUGAAUAGUCCCAUUGACUCCUACCAUUUUUUUAAAAUUUUAGUAAAGUUAAGCAUGUGUAUAAGAUUUAGGACUAAAUGAGGACUAAUUUAAAAUUCAUCAUCAGUGUUUCAGAGUAGGAUACAACUCUUAUUCUAGGACAUAGACCUUAUUUUGAAAUAAAAUAUGAAUUUCUGCUCAGA